AUGGCUGAAUCUUCUGUUUCCAAGUCAGUUUCAGCCUCAAGUCAAUCGCGCGAGAAUUAUUCGAAGGUUAUUCAAGGGAAGGGUAGUCUGUUGGACAAAGUCUUCCCUCUUUUUGAGCAGAUGAUUCAACAUGUUAAAAUGCCUGCAUGGAUCAUGGGAAUUAUCAUGUUUUAUCUGCUCUGCCAAGUUUUAUCCAUAUGUUUUUGGGUAUAUACACCUGUAUUUCAAAAAACUAGCGGACCAUGGACCAAAGUUAAUAAUGUAUUGAUGCAAAUCUUCACUUUUAUUAAUCCUCUUGAUUACACAAUGUCAAUACAGACAUGGGUGAUCGUAGAUAUCCUAAUUGCAGUGUUCUGCAUUCUUUGGAUAAUAUUCACAUUAUUUUUGAACCAUUUAUUUUAUACAAUUUCGGUUCCUACCCUCUACAUUUCAUUUAUACUUACUGAUAUGCUGACUCCCAUUCUUAUUGUCCCUUCAGCUUACAUAUGCGCUCAUGGCAUAACUGACUUGAAAGAGAACUCGGGAACCCAAUUGAUAUUAGAAAUUGUUCUUGGAUUCGUUGCAUUUUCUGUUUAUGUUGCAAUUUUCCUACUUAGUUCUAUCCUUAAGGCAAGAUCAGUUGUAUUGGCAAGUUUCUUAUUCCCAAUGUUUGAAUACGACGCCGUUACAAUUUGGAUUAUAAUUACUGCAACAUGUUCCAUAUUAUCGGCUGUUUUUAACUACUUUGACAGCUGGUUUUACACGAUGGGCGGAAUUCUUCAUAUUAUUAUUACUUUCUAUGUUCAAUUGCGUGUAUAUUACCUUCCAUUCUAUGAUUUAUGGAGAAAUGUAUUGAUGAUGGACUUCUGUAUCACUACUGUCAUACUUAAUGUAAAUUACUUCGUUGUAGCAUACAGUCCCAACUUAACAUUUAACUACACAAUCUUUGUAUUUAUCAUUGCAUUGAUAUUAAACUACAUUGGUGGUAAAAUUGCCAUCACAAUAGUUUCAGGAAAUUUCAGAAAAGCUUUAACCUAUAAUCCAGAAGUCUCUAAUAUAACAGAAUACUUUGAUUCCCUCAAAAUUAAUAGAAACUCCCAUCAAGCCAACAUGUGGAUCAUUGUUGGUUUAAUCUUUAAUUGUGAUUACUUCGUUGAUGGUUCCUUAACCGAUUAUUGCCUUAACUCUAGCAACUUAGAAGGGGCUAUUUCAAUGUUGCUUCAAGUUGUCACAUUAUUCCCUUUCGAAUCGCGUAAAAUGGAUGUUCUUUUCAAGCGAGUUGCUCAAAGACACAAAUUAGGGUUUAGCGAUCGAUUCCUAAUUUAUCAAUGCUUCAGAAUCAAAAUGAAGAGAUUAGUGUCUGAUACAAAAGAUACUCUUGAAAUGUUCAAUAAGCUUAAAAACAAAAACGAUCUUUGCAAGAACACAAUAAAGUCAUUUUGGGACAAAAACGAGGCUGAUUCGAACUUUUUCUCAAGCUUAAGUCUCCUUGUCAAUGAUGUUGAUUCAUUGUUCAAAGCAUCUUUGAUGAGCAAUCCGAAUAAUUUGAGAUUAGUCACAGAAUAUUCCAACUUCUUGGCUGAAUGCAAAGGUGACUUUGACAAUGCAAUCAAAGAAAGCAUCAGAGCAGAAUUGAUUGGAGAUGGAAAGAAUUUCAAUGUUGAUGUCUCAUUCCGUUCAUUGGUUAACAAAUUCCCAAGAUAUCUUAAAGAUAAAAUCCUUGAUGUCAAAGACCACAGAAUUCUCAAAACAUUAGGAGAUAAAACUGAUGCCUCUCAGAAAUCCUCUAACUCAAGUGGAAAUUCAUCAACAGGAGCAAGUUUCGAUUCUAACUCAGUUGACUUUGAAAGGCAAGAAAUUGUUUCUAAGAAGAUUUUAAGAGAUGCAAAAGUAAGAUUAGCCUUUCAUCAUGGUAUCAAUGACACGAAACCUUGGGAGUACACAGGAAUCUUAUGCCAUGUCAUUGCAUCCACAGUUAUCAUUUUCGUUUGCUUCGUAGGAUUUUACGCAUAUGUCAGAGUUAAUUUGAAAUGGAGGAGAUCAAGUUACAAAGAUCUUUCUGAUAUUGGCUAUUCAACAUUUUAUACAAUCUAUGCAAAUGUUUACACAAUGUCAAAAUUUGCUGCAGACAACAAAAGAAUGGAUCCAAGUGGGAAAGCAUUAGGAGAUAUUUCAAUUGAUAGUAAAGUAGUGGAAUUUUUGAUUCCAAACGAACUAUCAACUCCAAUGAAGUCCUAUGUUUGUAUGAAUAGAUCAAGAGACUAUUUGGGAUCUUUGCUCAAUAGCUUAGCAGAUCAUGCAGCUAAUGGAGAUAAUCCAUAUAAAAUUGCUUCUCCAUUAUUAGAAACGAAAACAACUUUUUAUGUUUGUGUUAAUGCAACGCCAGAUUUCAUUAUCCCAUCUAGUUUAAAGAGUUCAAUGAUCACAUUCAGCUAUUUAGAAAACUACAUUGCAGGUCUUUACAAUUUCAACCAAAUGCCAUCAAAUCUUUAUUCGUCCAAUGAUUAUUGCCAAAUUUUGUCAAACAUUCCUGCAAUCACUGAUUUAGCUGACACAACUUUUACACAAAUUUUAGAGUAUAAUAAGGAUAAAUCUGCAAAAUACAACACAAUAUUCAUGAUAUGGUUGAUUUUUGGUUUGGUUUCUAUGUUCAUAAUUGUUUUCUUCCCUGUGGUUCUUAUUGAUAUACAUUAUAACAUCAGAGUUAGUAAAAUCUGUAUUAUUUUGCAUCAACUUCAAGCCCAGGUCAAAGACGAAGCACGAAAACCAUUAAUAUUAAACACUGACGUCCUCAAUGAGAACAAUGCUGGAACCUCAGAAGUAAAAUCAACUUUCUUAAUGGUUGUCAGACUCACUUACUAUGUUGCGGCUAUCGCCUUGUUAGUUUCUUAUUCAUUAUUCAUUAUGGAAAACAAGAACAUGAAUUCAACGUUGAAUAAGAUUCUCACCUGGUUCUAUCUCUCUUGUAAGCGUAUAAUUUUGGCUUCACAGUGCGGAAAUAACUCGUUGCAAAUGAUUUUCUUAAAUGGAUCAUUACAACAGCGCAUUGUCAAUGUAUCUGCAUUAAGAGAUAGAGAAAUCGACAUGCUUUCCAGGUUCUUAAAUUCUGAUAAAACUCUUUUAUACGGAGAUUCUACGAUUCCAGGAUGCAUUGUUUUUGAUGAAGAAUUAGAUCACUUACACUUGGAAAAUUACUGUGACUUAGGAAGAUCUCCACAAUCAAUCCAUGAUACGUAUGCCUGCACAGGUUUAGAAUCACAGAUCCAAAUGUUGAAAUACUUCAUUGACGAAGUAAUUAAAAACAUUGAAUCAUAUAAUGGAAACAUGAUGAGUGAAAAAGCAGCAAAUUAUGCUCAUAUUUUACGUUUCCAUUUCUAUCCAGGUGUUAUCAAAGCAACAAAGAGAAUUUCAGAUAUGAUGGAAAUCAAUUAUGACAAUACAAUGACGAAGAAUGCGAUUUUCCUUGCUUCCGCUUGCAUUUGUUGGAUUAUCAUUUUCCUUAUGCCUUGGUACUUUAGAAAUGUCAUGUUAGAUAGCUAUCAUAUGUUUUUGAUGCUUUUGAAGCAUUUACCAAUGCAGACAAUCAUUGAUACUCCAGAAAUCAUUGAAUUCUUCACUGGAAAGAAGAAGGUCAAGAGCAGUGAAAAUAUGUCAACAUCCAAAUCAAUUGUUUAUGAUACAAGCGAAUGCAUUAUUAUUACAAAUGCUUCCAGCGUGGUUGAAAUUAUAAAUAAUUCAGUUACAGCAAAUCUUGGUUUGACACCUGACCAAAUGUUAGGUCAGCAAAUUGCAAACUUUGUUGGAACUGAUGACCAACAAAGAAUCAAUCAACAGCUUGAAAUGAUGACAAGUGGACAAGGCUCUUCAUUCUGGGAAGAUCAUUUGACGCUUGUCAAUGACAAGAAUGAUAUUGUUCCAUUCUCAGUGACUCUCAUUGGAAUGAAAGAUGAAGGUUCAAAUGAAAUCAAGAGUUUUGUUUUCAUUUUAAGAAAUGAAACAGAAGAAAUACAAAAGAGAAAGGCUGCUGAAGAAGCUAAAGCUAAAUCAGAAAAGUUGUUAUAUCAGAUUUUGCCAAAGGAUAUUGUUGUCAGACUCAACAGAGGCGAAACGGACAUUUCAUUCACAAUUCCAUCAGCAACAAUCUUCUUCAUCGAUAUAGUCAAAUUCUCCAAUUACACAGCAACCUUGACUCCAUCAGAAAUCAUGGCAAACUUGUCUUUGGUUUUCGCGACAUUCGAUAAAAUCGUGGGAGAAUAUCCAAUCAUAACAAAAAUCAAAUUAAUUGGAGAUGUUUACAUGGCAGCAGCAGGCUUGUUCUGCACAGAAGAAGACGAUCCAAAGAAGUAUGCAGAAGAUUCAGUCAGGGCUUGCUUGAGAUGUCAGAAAGCCAUGGAAGAAAUUAAUGUCAAAUUAAGUGCCUCUCUUGAAGUCAGAAUUGGCGUCAAUUCAGGUGGUCCUCUAAUUGGCGGAGUUUUGGGAUCAGAUAAGCCAACAUUUGAUAUCAUUGGUGAUCCAAUCAAUGUCGCAGCAAGACUUCAGAGUACAGAUAUCCCAGGAUGUGUCCAAAUUUCAGGCGAUACUAAAACAUUGAUUGAAGGAUUAGAUUUUGUUAUCGAAGAAAGAGGUGAAAUUUAUCUCAAAGGAAAAGGAAACAGACUUACUUAUUUUGUUUCCCUCCCAGCUAAAUCUGAUCAAGAAGCUUCCUUCGUAAUGGCGAUUUCUUCAUCUCGUGAGCAACUUAAUGUUAAGUAA